UUACAAUAUAAAACUUGUUACCCUUUUCCCUUUUGAAGAAAAUGACCAAGAAAAGAGAACCCUACUCAGGUGCUUCUUCCUCCUCCAGCUUCCUCUUCUAGCUUGAAGUCCGAAAUUGUCGCUUUAAAUCUAUUUCUUCUUCUCCUUUCUUUUCUUCAUCUUCUUCCUCUUAUUCUUCAAAUUGGGUUAGGGUCUCUUCUUCAUCUUCUUCAAAUCUGAAUUUAGGGUUUCUUUUAUUUGAGUUUAAGGUUCUUCUGCUUCUUCUUCUUCAAAUUUGGGUUUGGGGUUCAAUAAGUUCCGUCUUUAUCUUUUUUUUUUUUUAUUGUUGGAAAACAAGAUCUAGCCAUCGAGAGAAGAAUCUUUCACAGCAAUUGCUGUAAUUAUAAUGGAUGCCGAGGAUUGGGAAAGUUGUUCUGACAAUGAGAUCUAUCUGCAAGACAGAAACGAGGAUGAUGGUGAAGAGAGUUACUACUCAUCUGGUUUUUUAUCCAAAUUACAAUUUAGGAAAGAUAUUUCAAAGGCCCGAUGGAUUAAUGAUUUGGCUAUGGCUGAAGUUGUUGAAAAGAAGGGUAAGAUGUGGGUGACUAUGGGGAUAGUUCGUAGUGGCAAGACAUAUUGCCUCAUUGAGGAAACUCUGUUUUUGAUUGAAAUAGGGGCAUUGCAUCUUUUGGAUGAAAAUGGUAUAUGUCUUUCCUUAAAAGAAGUAUAUGAGAAGCUUUCAGAUGAAAGUGGGUGCUAUUGGGAGCUUUUUGAGGUUUAUAGACACCUCAAGUCUCUUGGUUAUAUAGUUGGGCGUCACGGUAUCCCUUGGUCUGUGAAGGGUCUAAAGAUCAAAACUGGAACCUGUUCACUUCAGGGCAGUGAAGAGAGAAAUGAGUUGCUAGAAAUGGAGCCUAAAGACACGAGUAUCAUCAUUGAUUUGUUCGAUAAUAUGCAGAUUAAUGAAGUGAGUCCAGCUUUUGAUGUUUAUCUUCCAAACAGCAGGUUUAGAAAGUCUUCUCCGGGUGAUCCAAGUUUUUUCCUGUACUUAAGUAGGGGCAAUCCACCAUCCAAAGUAGAAAUUGAGGCCCUUGAGAGGAAGCAGGGUGUCGUCCCUUUGAAGUUUUGUCAUGUAGAGAAUGGGCGUGUUAGUUUCUUCUCCUUUGAUAGGGUGGAGCUUGCUGUCUUACCUUAAAAUUUCUUGCUGUCUUACACAACUGUUACAGCAAAAGAAGUAAGAAGAUAUUUAUCUUGGCUCUAACAAUUCUUGGAGUUGCAAGCCGUGGAGUGGCGCUCAAUUCGUCACUUUUUGCAAAAGAUGAACUCAAUUCUCUCAUACUUGGUUUCAGAAGAAUGUUUUAUCUUUGUAUAUACAAGAUGGGAUUUAUCCUUGUCACCUUCUCUAAUUUAUCUUUAGUUACCCAUUAAAACACAUACAAGAUGAGGCAUUAAGAACUUUAUGUGAGGUAUAAAAGCUUAGCAAACACAUGAUUUACUCGUUA